CAUAAAGUAUUGUCAUGGUGAAAAAAGUAUGCAUCUCUUUUUUAAACUCUUCAUGCAAAAAGCUCCAUCUUUCAUUCUUAGCUCCAAAAUCAAACCUAUAUAUCUCCCACUUAUAUGUAUAUAUACUCCUCCAAAUUAAACCUAACCUCUAUACCAUUCUUUAUAUCAUUAAUUAGAAAAUAGAAUAAUGUCUAAUCUGAAUGGAAAAUGUAACAAUAAUAAUGGCUCCACAAUUGGAAGGCGUGUUCCAACCAAGGGAAAGGCGGCCAUUCUUGCAAUGGGGAAAGCCUUCCCGAGUCAACUCGUUCCCCAGGAUCGGUUGGUUGAAGGCUACUUCCGCGACACCAAAUGCGACGACCCUUCCAUCAAAGAGAAGCUCGAGAGACUUUGUAAAACAACGACAGUGAAGACCAGAUACACGGUGAUGUGCAAGGACGUGCUCGAGAAGUACCCCGAGCUUGCAACCGAAGGCACCCCCACCAUCGCGCAGCGCCUGGAGGUAGCGAACCCCGCCGUCGUGGAGAUGGCGAAGGAGGCCAGCCUCGCCUGCAUCCACGACUGGGGCCGCCCCGCGGCGGAGAUCACCCACCUCGUGUACGUCUCCUCCAGCGAGAUCCGUCUCCCCGGGGGAGACCUGCACCUGGCGGCUGAGCUCGGCCUGAGGAGCGACGUCAAUCGCGUCAUGCUCUACUUCCUCGGGUGCUACGGCGGCGUCACCGGGCUCCGCGUGGCGAAGGACAUCGUGGAGAACAACCCGGGGAGCCGGGUCCUCUUGACCACCUCGGAGACGACCAUCCUCGGGUUCCGGCCCCCGAACAUGGCCAGGCCGUACGACCUUGUCGGCGCGGCCCUGUUCGGGGACGGGGCGGCCGCCGCCAUCAUCGGGGCGGACCCGGUGGCGGGCGGCGAGAACCCGUUCAUGGAACUGUUCUUCGCCGCCCAGCAGUUCCUCCCCGGAACUCAGGGCGUGAUCGACGGGCGGCUGUCGGAGGAGGGGAUAAACUUCAAGCUGGGGAGGGACUUGCCGGAGAAGAUACAGGACAACAUCGAGGAGUUCUGCGCGAAGCUUACCGGGAAUGUCGCCGGAGGGAAGAAGCCGGGGUACAACGAGAUGUUCUGGGCGGUUCAUCCGGGCGGGCCGGCGAUACUGAACCGGCUUGAGGGGACGCUGGGGCUGAGGAAGGAGAAGCUAGAUUGCAGCAGAAGGGCGUUAAUGGAUUAUGGGAAUGUGAGUAGCAAUACCAUAUUAUAUGUGAUUGAGUAUAUGAGAGAUGAGCUGAAGAGGAAGAAGGAGGAAGAAGAUGAAGAAGGAGAAGAAUGGGGAGUUGCUUUGGCUUUUGGACCAGGGAUCACUUUUGAAGGGAUUCUUCUCAGGAGCAUUUGAUGAUAUGAUGAAAAAGAAAAUUAAUACUCUAUA